CCCAGGCCUGACUUCAGUGGUGCUAUCUCAGCUCACUGCAAGCUCCGCCUCCCGGGUUCAUGCCAUUCUCCUGCCUCAGCCUCCCAAGUAGCUGGGACUACAGGUGCCCGCCACCACACCCGGCUAAUUUUUUGUAUUUUUAGUAGAGACGGGGUUUCACCGUGUUAGCCAGGAUGGUCUCAAUUUCCUGAGCUCGUGAUCUGCCCGCCUUGGCCUCCCAAAGUGCUGGGAUUACAGGCGUGAGCCACCGUGCCUGGCCAUAGAUCAUAUCUUAAAGACCAAGAAAAAAGUCCACAGUGGAGAUAAUCCAUACAAAUGUGAGGAGCGUGGGAUGUACUACAACAGGCACUUGACUUGAUAUGCAUCAGAGGGUCCAUAUGGCAGAGAAACCAUGGAAGUUUGGGGAGAUUGCCAUGUGCUUCAGUUAUGCCUCAAAGUCUUCAACUUCAUCGGAGUGUUCACUUUCAAGAGAAACCUUAGUAAUGUGAUAUCUGUGAUAGUCUUCUCAACUACAAGCUCAUCUGAGAGUUCACAAUGGGAGAAGCAUUAAAAAUUUGAUACAUGUGACUGUGGCAUGUUUCAGGCAGGAUUCCUCCUUCCUUCAAACUGCAUCACUCAGGAGGCUGCAAAUUCCCCAAAGUAGGAGGAAAAAUGACCACAUUCAAGAUUACCAAGACUGUGGGAAUAUUUAUAACGUACUCUUGGCCAUGAUAAAGAGAAGCAAAGUACUUGUAUUCUGUUCAAAGAUUAUGGAGGAGGCAGUGACCUUCAAGGAUGUGGCUGUGUUCUUCACUGAGGAGGAGCUGGGGCUGCUGGACCCUGCCCAGAGGAAGCUGUACCGAGAUGUGAUGCUGGAGAACUUCAGGAACCUGCUCUCAAUGGGGCAUCAACCGUUCCACCAAGAUACUUUCCACUUCCUAAAGGAAGAAACGUUUUGGAUGAUGGGGACAGCAACCCAAAGAGAAGGGAAUUCAGGAGGCAAGAUCCAAACUGAGUUGGAGUCUGUUCCAGAAGCAGGAGCACAUGAAGAGUGGUCCUGCCAGCAAAUCUGGGAACAAAUUGCAAAAGACUUAACCAGGUCUCAGGACUCUAUCAUAAAUAACUCUCAGUUCUUUGAAAAUGGUGAUGUCCCCUCCCAGGUUGAAGCAGGACUACCCACAAUUCACACAGGACAGAAACCUUCCCAGGGUAGGAAGUGUAAACAGUCCUUCAGUGAUGUUUCCAUCUUUGGUCUUCCUCAGCAGUUAUACUCAGGAGAGAAGUCUCAUACAUGUGAUGAGUGUGGAAAAAGCAUCUGUUACAUCUCAGCUCUUCAUGUUCAUCAGAGAGUCCACGUGGGAGAGAAACUCUUUAUGUGUGAUGUGUGUGGCAAGGAAUUCAGUCAAAGCUCACAUCUGCAAAUUCAUGAGAGAGUCCACACUGGAGAGAAACCAUUCAAAUGUGAGCAAUGUGGUAAAGGUUUCAGUCGUAGAUCAGCACUUAAUGUUCAUCAUAAAUUACACACAGGAGAGAAACCUUACAUUUGUGAGGCAUGUGGGAAGGCCUUCAUUCAUGAUUCCCAGCUUAAGGAACAUAAGAGAAUCCAUACUGGGGAGAAACCAUUCAAAUGUGAUACAUGUGGUAAGAGCUUCCAUUUUAGGUCAAGACUUAAGAGCCAUUCCAUGGUUCACACAGGAGAAAAACCAUUUAGGUGUGAUACCUGUGAUAAGAGCUUUCAUCAGAGAUCAGCACUUAAUAGGCAUUGCAUGGUGCACACAGGAGAGAAACCAUACAGAUGUGAGCAGUGUGGAAAAGGCUUCAUUGGUAGGCUAGAUUUUUAUAAGCAUCAGGUGGUCCACACAGGAGAGAAACCAUAUAAUUGUAAAGAAUGUGGGAAGAGCUUCAGAUGGUCCUCAUGCCUUUUGAACCAUCAGCGAGUCCACAGUGGAGAAAAAACCUUCAAAUGUGAAGAAUGUGGGAAGGGAUUUUAUACAAAUUCACAACUGUCUUCCCAUCAGAGAUCCCACAAUGGUGAAAAGCCAUAUAAAUGUGAGGAGUGUGGGAAGGGCUAUGUUACUAAGUUUAAUCUUGACUUGCACCAGAGGGUCCACACGGGAGAGAGACCUUAUAAUUGUAAGGAAUGUGGGAAGAGCUUUAGCCGGGCCUCAAGUAUUUUGAAUCAUAAGAGACUCCACUGCCAGAAAAAACCAUUCAAAUGUGAGGACUGUGGAAAGAGGCUUGUACACAGGACAUACCGUAAAGACCAGCCGAGAGACUAUAGUGGGGAAAACCCAUCCAAAUGUGAGGAUUGUGGGAUACGCUAUAAGAGGCGCUUGAAUCUGGAUAUACUUUUAUCAUUAUUUCUAAAUGACACAUAAUUGUUCAUAUUUAUGGGGUACAAUGUGAUAUUUUAAUGUGUGCAUAUAAUUUAUAGUGAUCCAAUCAGUGUAAUUGGUGUAUCUGUUACCUCAAACAUUUACCAUUUCUUUGUGUUGGAAAAUUCAAAAUCCAUUUGAGAGGAGUUGGUAGACAGCAAGGGAAGGGUCCCUGGAGACCCCCCACCAAACGGGUCAGUGCCUCAUCCCCACACAACAUAAAAAGCAGUCUGGGGAAGAAAAUCAAGCUACAGGCACUGAUAAGGGAACUAGCACAGGGGAUUGUGCCUGGAGACAUGCCCGUGGCUGCACAGAUAGAAGAACCUCCAGCCCAUUCAGGUAAAAAGUCACACAAACCUCCGGCUCAUUCAGUUAAGGGAAAAAGACCUGACACAGAAAUGCCUUUGUCCUUUGUAUAAUCAGCAGCUCCCAGGAAAAAGUUUCUUCUUUUGUGGGCAUGAACACAGUGGGCUUCAGUAGGUUCAGGUUGGCACUUUCUUUUGUGGAAAAGGAAAAGCCCAGCCUCUGUAAAUUAUCACUUCAGCUCCUGAUUGGUCCCAGGCCAAGCUGAAUAGCCCUUAUGAAUCAUCACUUCAGUUCCUGAUUGGUCCCGGGCCAAGGUCCCAGACCAAGCUGAAUCACGCUUUCUCCAAGACAGCCCGCAGGCUAAGUGCAUUCCUUCCCCUUCCCAGUCCAUACAAACCCCAGACCCCAGCCUCAUACUGGGCAACUUAUUUGGAUCCCCAUCUCCACUGUGAAGAGCUUUUUUCUUUCACUUAUUAAACUUUUACUCCAAUUUCA